GAGUGGGAGCGUGUACACAGUUUGAGAGGGCUGGACCUGCCCUCCUGGCUUCCGAGCCGCAAGUCUGCACUGCACGUCCUAUAUUUUAAACGAUUAGCACUAAACGACUCGCAUCAGAGAAAGCCACGAUUCGUUUCGAAGGCGGUGCCUGUCUGCACAUCAGUAUGUAUCCUGUUGGAGGGAUAUCUGCAACCAUAAACGCCAACAGGCUGCGAGCAGAAGGCAUGGGCUCCAACAAGCAUGCGAUCCACUUCUCCAACCAGGACUAUGAGGCACUGAAGCAACAGUGCAUUGAGUCGGGCUGCCUUUUUGAAGACCCCUGUUUCCCCGCAGAGCCCCCAUCGCUUGGCUUCAAGGAGCUCGCUCCCUAUUCUGCAAAAACCAGAGAUGUAGAGUGGAUGAGACCUACGGAACUAGUGAAUCAGCCUCAAUUCAUUGUAGGUGGUGCCACCAGAACGGACAUCUGUCAAGGAGCAUUGGGGGACUGCUGGCUCUUGGCUGCCAUUGCUUCUCUCACCCUGAACGAGAAGCUGCUUCAUCGGGUUGUCCCACUUGGCCAGUCAUUUGAUGACAGCUACGCUGGAAUUUUCCACUUUCAGUUCUGGCAAUUUGGCGAAUGGGUAGACGUCGUCAUAGAUGACCGACUUCCUGUAAAAGAUGGCGAGCUGAUGUUUGUGCAUUCUGCUGAGGGCAAUGAAUUCUGGAGUGCACUGCUGGAGAAGGCUUAUGCUAAGCUGAAUGGCACCUAUGAGGCUCUGUCUGGAGGAAGCACCACUGAAGGUUUUGAGGACUUUACAGGUGGCGUAUCGGAGUCUUACGAACUCGGCAAAGCUCCCAGAGAUCUGUACAAAAUCAUCCGUAAAGCUCUGGAGAGAGGCUCCCUGCUGGGCUGCUCCAUUGAUAUCACAAGUGCCUUUGACAUGGAGGCUGUAACAUUCAAGAAACUGGUGAAGGGCCACGCCUAUUCAGUCACUGGACUGAAGGAGGUGGAUUACCGUGGCAGACUGGAGCGUUUAAUCCGAAUUCGUAAUCCUUGGGGCCAGGUGGAGUGGACCGGUGCCUGGAGUGACAAUUCUUCUGAAUGGGAGCAUGUUGAUCCAUCUGAACGAGAUGAAGUCCAUUUGCAGAUGGAAGACGGAGAGUUCUGGAUGGCUUUCAGUGAGUUCCUGAAGCAGUUUUCCCAACUUGAAAUCUGCAACCUGACUGCCGACGCACUGAAGGAGGACACUGUCAGCCACUGGAACACCAUCAAGUUUCAUGGUACAUGGAGGAGAGGCAGCACCGCUGGAGGCUGCAGGAAUAAUCCCAACACAUUCUGGAUCAACCCUCAGUAUAAGAUCACAUUGCUGGAGGAGGAUGAUGAUGAUCCUGACGACGACGAGGUCGCCUGUAGUUUCUUGGUAGCGCUGAUGCAGAAGGACCGCCGCAGAUAUCGCCGACACGGUCAGGAUAUGCACACCAUUGGCUUCGCUCUUUAUGAGAUUCCAGAGGAGUUUAAAGGCUGCCAGAAUGUCCACUUGAAGAAGAAUUUCUUUCUGAGCAAUCAGUCUUGCGCUCGCUCUGAGACUUUCAUUAACCUGCGGGAGGUGAGCACACGGCUCCGUCUACCUCCUGGAGAGUACCUCAUCGUCCCCUCCACAUUUGAGCCCGGUAAAGAGGCUGACUUUGUCCUCCGAGUCUUCACUGAGAAGCAAUCAGAAACAGAAGAACUGGACGAUGAAAUCUCUGCUGAUUUAGGAGAAGAGGUAUGGAAAACUUACUUCCACUUGAGUUAUAUUGGUGGCAAUUCAAACGUAUCAACUUAUGUACUGAUAAUCAACCUGAUAUAUGAUUCACUUUCCCACCAGGAUGAAAUAACUGAAGAUGACAUUGAUGAUUCCUUCAAGUCCAUGUUUGCUCAACUAGCUGGCGAGGACAUGGAAAUUUCCAUUCGGGAGCUGAAGACCAUUCUGAACAGAGUCGUCUCGCGCCAUAAAGAUCUGAAGACGGACGGCUUCAGUAUGGAAUCCUGUAGAACCAUGGUCAACCUUAUGGAUAAGGAUGGAAGUGCGCGUUUGGGAGUGGUGGAGUUCCAGCUUCUUUGGAACAAGAUCCAAAAGUGGCUGCUCGUUUUUAGACAGUUUGAUCUUGACAAGUCAGGUGCCAUGAGUUCCUAUGAGAUGCGUCUUGCUGUGGAGGCAGCAGGUUUUAAACUAAACAACAGACUAAACGAGAUUCUGGUGGCCCGGUAUGCAGAGAAUGAGAUGAUUGAUUUUGAUAACUUUAUCUGUUGCUUGGUUAAGCUUGAGGCCAUGUUCAGGUCUUUCCUGCAGUUUGACAAAGAGGCAUCAGGAGUGGCUGAAUUGACUCUCAUAGAAUGGCUGUACCUGACCAUGUGUGGUUGAAGAGGACUACCGAUUGAGGGACAGCAGCAGCCUGCCGUGAUUGGUUUUAACACUCAGCCUUGAUAAUCCAGUCACAUUUCCCACUGUAGCGUACCCAAAGUAGCAAAGAAACUCCAUUAAACAUACACUUACAUCCAAAAAUCCAUCCAGGCCGAGGGUCUCGCACUAAAAACUUGUAAAACUAUGCAAACCUAAAGUAUGUAGCUAUCACUCCUGCAUGAGUAUAUGCGUAACCACAGAAUGACAAGUUAUUUGCAUGGUGAUAUUCCUAUAUAUUAGGUUGGCUCCUACUUCACAGUAAAAACAUUUAAGGUAGUGCUUUAAAAAUUAUGUUUUUGAUAAUCAGUCUCAAUUGACAACAGUUUUUCCUACUUGUAUGACUUGUGUUGACAUUUUUAACAGGAUAGUGUUAAUUCAAUUUCAGUCAUAGGUGGCAAUACAGACUCGAGCUCAUGAUUGUCUUUUUAACUUUCAUUUUGUGUUGUUAGAAAUAUGAAGCAGAUCUAUGUGGGGUUUCAUCCCAAGGUUUUAUUUUGCACUGAAAUUUGAGUUUAAGGAAGCGCCUCGCACAAAUGCCUCACAUUGAGAAACAGUCGCAAACAUUUACAGGGAUCAUGAUAUUAGAAUGCCUUACUUGUCCUAAGCUAUGAAUGGCUAAAUAAAAAUGUGCCAGUUAUUUUGUGUUGUGCCUUCAAUAAAUAUUGCCAUUAACAUCA